UCCCAGCUCAAACAACUGAAGGAAGACUUCACCAACAACCUUCGCGACCUACGGGAAACUUGCUCGGUAUUCAAAUGUGUUGUCAUCAUCAAAAUACUUCGAUCGCUGAGAAAAACACAGUUUCAAGAGUUGAUAAAGUGUCACACCAAGAAACUUUCUCGAUUAAUAUCCAAGGACAUUGACACAGACGAACACAGAAACAACAUUUCGUCGUGUCAUUUAUCUUUCUUCGAGAAGUCAAUCUUAUGCAGAGGUCUCAAAUUUUCUCUUCCUCAGCACUGCUACAGCAAAGAUAUUCAAGCCAGCUUCGAAAAAGCGAUUUGGAGAUUAGAUCCUCUCAUUAAAGAUCCCAAGAAAAAAGAUGUGGCAUCCGCCACCUUGCCUUCAAUCGCACUUCACUACAUCGCAAAGAAAGGCCGUACUCCUUCUAAAGCACUGCUGAGAGCCCUCAACAACCUUAAAAGACAAAGACAAACACAAAGGCUCUGGUGUUGUCGUGAUGGACAGAGACCAGUACCUUCGUCUACUAAGUGAGGCCUUGAUCAACGACUCUACACCGUCCAAAAACCAGAGGAAGACCUCCGAAACAUUUCCACCCUCUCCUAGAGAAAGAAAAACAGCUACAUGAGAAGGUACACAAGAUUCUUCCAAAAGCCACGGCCGAACAACUUUGCCCUAAAGGUUCCAGACUUGCGCACCUGUAUGGCCUCCCCAAAACACGUACACAAAGAAAGACUGUGCAUGAGACCCAUCUUAUAAGCCUCUGGCACGUACAACUACCCUCUGGCGAAAUGGCUGGAUGA